AUGCACCCACCCUUGGAGGAGCUGAAUGUCUCGAUUUGCCCGACGGAGCUCGAAACGUGGAAGUUUGAAGGCAUGGAUCCUGCAUCAAUUGUCGGUCUUGUACUGUCGCUCUCGGGCUUUUGUGCCAAGGCAGUUUCAGGCAUCAACUCCCUCAAGGACAAGUGGGUGGGAUCGAACUUAAGCCUUGCCUCACUGGCCACAGAAUGUGCCACACUCGGAGCUACGCUCAGUGUCCUUCUCAACAUGCUACAAACCAGUCUGCAGAGAAAGACUCUUGUCGAGAUGGAGAAGAUGAUGAGAAAGCACCAGCGCCAGGCUCGGCUAGUCUACGCGGCAUCCAAGAAAUCCUAG